GCGCUCGAGGAACGGGGUACCUACACACAGUUGCCAAACGCUCGUAGCACCGCGACGGGAGUAUCGUCGUCGUCGCCGUUCCACCCGCCGGGGGUAGUUUUUUCUCGAGUUUUUAAUUUUCGUCUCGAUAACGAAAUAAUACGAAAUAAAAUUACAAUUCGUUGAGGUGCGUUCGCGAUGAGUUAAUAAUAAUAAAUUUACUAUAAACGUCGCCGUAUCUGUCCUCGCGCGCGCUCGUGUGUGUGUGUGCGUGUGUAGGUAAAAUACAUUUUUUGUAGGCAGUGUUUGAAAAAUUAAAAUAAACCGCGGCAAACGAUGACGAGACGCGAUGCCGAGAAAAAGCGAAAAGGGCGACGACCAUCGACCGUGUGAAUGUUUGGCGGCGAAUAGAGUGUCCCUCGCUUACACCUGUGUCUAUGCCGGUCCAGUGCGGGGCGAAUAGUAUGUACGACUUUCGGUUGGCGUCGGUGUUGUUGGCGACGGUCGUCGUCGCGGUCGGCGCAAUGAUCGGCGGCGAGUUGUCGGCCGUCGAAAAAUCGUUACAGUUUGAAGCGGCAUUUCAAGGACGUUGUGGGCACGAUAGUCCAUGUGAACAAUUAUGCUACGAGCUCCAUGACGGCAUGUUCGAAUGCGAUUGCAAAACAGGAUUUGCAUUACAUGAAGAUGGUUAUACUUGCACAAGAAACGAUUCAGUAACGGAUAAGAUCAAAGAGUUCGAAAGAGACAUCGAACUGACGUUUGUCGAUUCCAAUGAAAUGGAUUCUGAGGACAGUGUUCGGUUUGUAAAGCACGUCGAAACUCAGAUAUCCGUUGCCACAGGAUCGCCGGCUUUGUGCGUACGGAAGUGUGGUGAAGGCGUCUGUGCGUUCGACAGCCGAAACAAACAGACCUGCAGAUGCCCGUUUGGUAAAACCGGAUCCAACUGCCAGAUUACAAAUCCAAUUAGAUAUCCAAGAUUCAAUGGACGUAGUUGGUUAGCAUUUCCACCACUCCGGGGAGCCUACAAACACGUGCAGAUAAGUUUAGAAUUCAGACCAGAGAGCUGGGACGGUAUAUUGUUUUUAGCUGCUGAAAGAGAUGAUUUAGUUGGAGAUUUCAUGGCUAUUCUGCUUCACAAUGGCUUUUUGGAAUUUAGGUUUGAUUGUGGCUCUGGUUUGGGAGUAGUUAAAUCUGAAGAAACAGUUAUUUUAAAUCAAUGGAACACGCUAUCGGUGUAUAGACAUAGAUGGGAUGCGUGGAUCCAAUUAAAUCGUGGAAAACGUAUUGCUGGGAGAUCAAAAGUAUGUACAUUCAUACGUUUUAAUUAAAGUAAAAUUACAAAUAAUGAUUGUUAUUUCAAUUUAAGUGAGUCUAUCCUUUACCUGUACAAACAAACUAAAGAUAAUAGUUUAAAUACAUUUUGUUAACAUGGUCGUUUUAAAAUGUUUUCAUAUAUUUUUAUCUUAUUUUUAAGUAUAAUUUGAAGUAACCCAACAAAACCUUACCAUAAAAAAGGGCUAAACUCCCAGACCCCCUUCAAAAAUAUUCUGCCUGUCAAAGUAAACAGUGUUAUAUCUACAUUGUGGCCAAGUUUGAGCUUCGUUUAAUCAAUGACCUUAAUACUCAAAUAUCUACAUUCAUACGCAGCAAGCCAACAAAUAUCUUUUUAUUAUAUUGCUAUUAUAACUUGGCCAGUCACUGUAAUUGUUGAGCUAUAAUGGUUUUAUACCGGAAGCUAAUAAAAUUAAAAAAAAUUAAAAAACUUGGCCAGUUUCUUCUGAUUUUGUCUCUUUGGUCUCUUUAUCAACAACUGAAAUAGAUUUCAAUCACCCACUGGUUAUUUUUCUUUGAAACUGGCCAAGUGAUGAAAUUGAAAGAUAUUUGUUGCACAUGAAUGUCUUUGUUAACGGUUAAGUUUUUGUUGUAUAUCUUUCUUUUUUGCUGGCUUCUGCAUAGUGGGCUUUGUCUUUUAUUUUUUUGAGACAUUAUAAUUUGCUGGAUUUAUAAAAUAUUAUACCCCUAAAAUGACACUUAUUUUGAUAAAAUUGAAAUUUUUUGAUUUUUCCCUUUACUUGCACUAUAAGACCUACAACCGGGUGAAGCCUUACGUGUAAAGAUACACUAGUAUUGCUGGAGCUAUGCAUUUCAGAGCUUUACGCUCAGAUGGGCUAAUACUAUAAAUAUUAAUCAACAAAUUGCGUACCGGUCCUGAGAGUCAAUGAACUGUAUUCAAUACACUUUUCCAUUCGUUUAACAUUUUAAACAUUUACAUAUUAUUUGUUCAUUAAAUUUAAUACAUAAGCUAUGUGUCUUAGAGAAUGUGAAAAUAUGCAUACAUGUCAGGGAAGGAUCCAGGAGCGCCUAGUCGCCUAUAGGGAACCUCUACCCAUCAAUACCUCUUACUGGAUACUACCAUUGAUUAAAAAUACUAUAAAUACUGUAUUUAUGAUCAAUGUGUAUUGUAACUAUGUUGUAACGAAAUUGUAGACCAUUUCCAGAUCUAAUUCCGUGCCUGACACAUGACGUCUUGCGUGUCUUUACACGCAAGUAAUUUUAUUUCUAUAAGACCACAAAUAAUACCUUUGUAUUUAUUCGUUAUUACUUAUUUAUGCAUACUUUAAUCAUUUAAUCUCAAAAAAAUAGUGAAUUUGUAGGCUUC